AUGAACAAGCCCAUCGCCACCGAUAGAUUUUUUCAACAACACCCUGAUGCAGCUGGCCGUCUUGGUAUGUCUCCAAUUCAAAAAUGUACUGCUGCUAUGAGGGUGUUGGCAUAUGGCACCUCAGCCGAUUUGCAUGGUGAAUACUUACGAAUGAGUGCCCAAGUCAUUCGUAAAUCAGUCAUCAAAUUUGUUGAAGGUGUCAUUUCCAAUUUCAGAGCUGAGUACCUCAGAAAGCCAACUGAAGAAGAUAUGGCAGCUCUUCUUCAUAUCGGAGAACAGCGAGGGUUCCCAGGCAUGAUGGGCAGUAUUGACUGUAUGCAUUGGGAAUGGAAAAAUUGCCCUAAUGCAUGGGCAGGGCAAUAUGCAGGACGAAGCGGUACGCCAACAAUUAUUCUGGAAGCAGUUGCAUCACAAGAUCUAUGGAUCUGGCAUGCAUUUUUUGGAACCCCAGGUUCAAGAAAUGAUAUCAAUGUACUUGAUCAAUCGCCUGUUUUUGAUGAUAUCUUGGAAGGUCGAGCACCUAAGGUCAAUUAUAUCGUUAAUGGUCGCGAAAGGAAUAUGGGAUAUUAUCUCACUGAUAGUAUAUAUCCUCAAUGGGCGGCAUUUAUCAAAUCUAUUCCUGCUCCACAACUUCGAAAGCAUCAGUUGUUUGCUCAACAUCAAGAGGCUGCACGAAAAGAUGUUGAGCGAGCAUUUGGAGUUUUACAAGCGCGUUUUGCUUUUAUCAAGCGGCCAUGUCUUAUUUGGGAUCGUGAUAUUAUGGGAAAAAUAAUGAUUGCUUGCAUCAUCAUGCAUAAUAUGAUAGUGGAAGAUGAAAGAAGCAAUUACCUUAACUAUCAUGAUCCUACAGAAUUCAUCGAAGAUCGACUAAGACAGAAUACUCGUCGAAGUGAAGAUGGAGAGGAAACUAAUGAUUUCGUAUACUCUACGAAUAGGAUUGCAAGCCUAGCGAGCUAUAUGAGAACUAGGUCUCAACUUCGCAAUAGAGAAGAUCAUAGCUCUCUAUUACAUGACUUGAUUGAGCAUAUAUGGCAAAAGUUUGAAGAUGAUAAUUAA